AUGCCCGCACCCAAGAGCCAGGUAAGGCCUAAUACGCCAGUAAAGGAUCAGCGAACAGCAACAGAAUAUCGCCUUUCCAUAUCAAGCAAUCCGGGUUCGAGGAGAUCCUCCUUAGGCGCCGCCAACAACAAUGACACAUCUGAAUCGGACAGCGUUAUAAGCACAUAUCUUCUGCCACAAGUUAGGGAGCUUUCGGACGCCAUGAUCACACUAGAUAGCAACUUUACUCAAAUGAACUUUAUACAUGAGAGCCUGGUGGAUCUUAAUGAAUCGGUAAGCGCCCUUCUGUAUGGGUUGAUGUGCAACUCAUGGUGCGUAGAUUUUCCUAAUAUGCCGCACGAUACGCUGGCUGAGCUGAAGACUAUGCAGACUCUACAAAAGCUAGAGGCAGAGAGGCUUCAGCUGGUGGAGGCAAUAGCCCGACAAGAACGACAAGAUCAAGACAUCAAAGAGGCCCAAAGCACCGCGAGCCAGCAUUUCGCAUCGGCGCUGCGGCCUCGUCCGCAGCAAGGCCAAAAAGUGGUCACCGGGCCCGGCCGCCGCGACUGGACUUCGCAAGGAACUGCAGCUCUCGACUUCAACGAUGACGACAACACCGACGCGUCGUUUGUCUCAAACCCAGCAACAAUUGCCCCGUCUUUGAGCAAGAGCCGCCAGAUGCGGAGAAAGUCUAUGCUCCACACAAUGCGCAACAGCAUUGCUGGCACGCAUGAGCUCUCCGAGUCUGACAAGCGGCGAUCUCUUGCAGUGAGCGCCUCGCGCAUUGUCAAUCCUUCCAAGAAUCCAACCUUGGGCACUACAGCUAGCAGAAACAUUGCUAGUCGGGCGAGUACUCAGAGAGUAGCGAAAGAUGCACGUGCCCUAAGAACAAGGCCGCCCUUCAGGUAA